AUGCAGCUUUCUCCCAACUCUGGAGUCCCCGACGAGCUUGUCCAUGUCGAAUUUGAAGGAGCUGAGCUAAACAGCCGUGUUUUAAACACAUUCAGAUGUCUCAUCGCAGAUCUCUGUGGAAAUUUCAAAGGUGGCCACCCUGGAAGUGCUAUGGGAAUGGCAGCAAUUGGAGUCGCUUUGCGGAAAUAUGUAAUGAAGUAUACGCCAGAGAUCCAAAGUCACACAUGUCUCUUUCAAUAUACUUUUCUACAUCUUGUCGGAUAUAAGAACAUGACUUUUGAACAACUCAAAUCCUACCACUCCGCAAGAACGGACUCAAUCUGCCCGGGACAUCCAGAAAUCGAACAUGAUGGGAUCGAGGUUACCACAGGACCUCUGGGUCAAGGAAUUGCAAAUGCAGUUGGGCUAGCAAUGGCUACAAAACAUCUGGGAGCUACAUACAACAAAAAAAAUUACCCAAUAGUGGAUAACAUGACCUGGUGUAUGAUCGGCGAUGCUUGUCUACAGGAGGGCGUUGCGCUGGAGGCUAUUUCUUUAGCUGGUCACUGGAGGCUGGAUAAUUUGGCAGUGAUUUACGACAACAAUCAGGUGACAUGCGAUGGGUCUGUGGAUCUUUGCAACAACGAAGAUACCAACGCUAAAAUGAUUGCCUGCGGAUGGAACGUGAUUGAUGUACACGAUGGCAGUUAUGAUAUUGAGGCAAUAGUUCGAGCACUUAUGGCAGCACGAAAUAACAAGGAUAAACCCACUUUUAUCAACAUUCGGACGGUCAUCGGGAUUGGCAGUCAGUCGGCCGGCGACUCCAAAGCACAUGGGGCUGCUUUUGGUGCGGAAGAUGUUGCAAACAUCAAGCGGACGUUCGGUAUGGAUGAGACAAAGCAUUUCCAAGUAUCGGACGAGGUUUAUGCUUUAUUCCGGGACUCGAAGCCGCGAGGGAGACAGAUCGAGACCAACUGGAAUCAAUUGCUAAAGUCGUAUGCAACUGCUCACCCAGUACUAUACGAAGAAUUCAUGCUUCGUGUAGCAGGCAAGCUGACGGAUGAUUGGGCGAACCCAACGCCAUCGAGAAAGUCAUCUGGGCUAGUUUGCAACCCUCUCGCGGAGAACAUCAAAAGUUUCAUGGUGGGAACAGCUGAUUUGUCACCUUCCGUAAACAUGAUGUGGAAAGGAAAAGUGGAUUUCCAGCAUCCAGGUCUGAAGACCUCGUGUGGCAUUAAUGGAGAUUAUUCCGGACGAUAUAUUCAUUGGGGAGUUCGAGAGCAUGCAAUGGCUUCCAUAUCUAACGGUCUAGUAGCAUUUAACAAGGGAACUAUCGUUCCUGUCACUUCAUCAUUCUUCAUGUUCUACAUCUACGCUGCACCAGGAAUCCGAAUGGGUGCCCUUCCAGGGCUGCAGCAGAUGCAUAUCGGUUUUCACCCGAUCAACUCAUAA